UAUUUUGACACUUUCAGUAAAUAAAAUAAUUUUACUUGUUAGAACCAAAUUUAAAGUCGUACAUUAUAUUAAUACAUUAUCCUAAUAAAUAUUUAAUUGAAUUUUAGAAACUUUCUUAUGAUUUUAGUAUACUGUCACCCUUAUCAUACUAUAACGCGCUGGGUAUAAGAUUUUGUGCAUCUACUAAGUACUAUACUACUAAACGUUCUACCUACUUAGCUGGCUAGGGUACUUGCUUUGCUUACAUAGUAUUUAAUAAUUGUGAUUUGUUUUGAUUCUGUUCCAUAAUAAUAAUAAUUUACUAUAAUUGAAGAGAACAUAAACAAUGAGGUGGAGCGAAAAUGAGACUUACCACUUUGUUAAAAUAUAUUUGAGUCAUGAAUAUUUGUGGAAUCCAGAUCACCCGUGUUAUAGGAUGAAAAAUAAAAGGCAGAAGGCGUACAAAGAUAUAAGUACAGAAUUUAACGCUGUUACGGGUCUAGUUCUCCACGAAAUUGAAGUUAAAAUGAAAAUAAAAAAUCUAAGAUCAACAUACGUACAAGAAUUGGCUAAAAUAAAAAAUAGAUCCUGUCCCGAUUCGGUGUACACGCCGGCAAUGAAAUGGUUUGCAGAAUGGCAUAAACAUUUUAGUGUUAUGGGAAGAAGUAAAUACGACGUCGAUAUACCCGUUAAUGAUGAAGAUGAAACUCCAGAUGACACGUCACAAAAAAUAUGGGUGUCUACCGGGGAAGACAAUGAAGAAGAAACCAGUAUUGACCCAUUUUCUGCACAGAACCAUGAUGAUUAUGUGAUUUUGUUAAAAUCGGAACCAAAGGAUGAGUAUCAAAAGCAUCAGUCCGAUUUAUGUGAUCUUAACAAUAAAAAAAAGAGCCGCAGAAGUCCUAGUGAAGAUAACUCUGAUAGAACUUAUAGAGGUAGUUUAGAUUCUAAUUUAGAUUCACACAUCAGAGAGGAUGAAUUUGAUAUUUAUGGAAAAUACAUUGCCACACAAUUGAGGAAGAUGGAUUUACAAAAAGCUUUGAAGGUCCAAUUAGAAAUACAAAAUAUUGUCAGUGAAGCAAGAUUAUCUUGUUUAGCCAGUGAGUGAACAACAAUGCCAGUUCACUGUUUUAUUAUUCUUCAAUAAUAAUUUUCAUGGUGAUUAAUUUUGAAAAACUAUUCUACAUUUGGCUUAACCAAAGAGAAUUUUAUUUUUAUUUUAUAGCAUUUUCCAUUAUAUUUUGUCAGACUUAAAAAAUCCUAAUGUAUUAUGACAUCACAUCUGAUGUCAUGAAAAUAAUGGAAAUAACACUUUUAUUAAUUUAUUUAAAACAUUUUUUAGUAUUUAUAAGCAAUAAAUAUCAAAAACAAUUUUAUUGUCCUUCAAUAUUGUCACUAUGGUCACAUGAUCAUGAUCAUGUUAAUAUGAUAAGUUCAAAAACGAAUUUCAUAUUUCUACCUAUAUCUAUCUAUAGGUAAAAUAUAAUGUCAUUUAACAUUUAAAAAAUAUGUGACACUUAGCUGUUUAAAUGAUAAAGUUGGUUAAAAAAUAGACUUUUUAAUAUAUUAUAUAUACAUUCAAAUUUUACACAAAAAUAAGUUUAAAAAAAGGCAUUGCAAAGUGAUGCCCUUUUAUAGAGGUAUAUAAUUGUACAAAAAUUAAAAAAAAAAUGAAGUAUAAGAUUUUAAUAUAAAAAUUAAAGAAAAAAUAUUUUCACUCUAUUUAAAUAUUAAAAUUCUUAUGAUAAGUAUAAAAUGUGUCAUUUGCAUUGUAUUUUAUGUGAUCUGUACAUAUUUUGCGAUGGGAACCUUUUAUCUCCAAAGAAAUACAAGAAUGUAAUAUAAGAAUGAAUUUGUUUCUAAUGUUAACUAAUAACUAGCUGAUGCAGCAAACAUUGAGCUCCAAGUGUAGAUAUCAGAAUAUAAUUUGAAUGUGAUUGUAAUAUCACUAGACUGGGAGGAAAAUUGCCAGUUAUGAGGUCCACAGAGCCCCAUUGCUUGCAAUUUAUCUUAUUAGGUUAACCUUCCACAGGGUCCUCAAACCAUUGUGAUUUCUUUGACCCUACUUUAUCUUAACCUAUCAUCAUUUACUGAUACUAUGCUAGCAUAUACCAACAGCGCAGAUAGAGUUACUGUUCCAUCUAUAAUUUUUUAAAAAUAGAUCCAUUGUGUGAAAGGUAACAAUUUUACUUACAAACCUGUUGCGCGGGGGGGGGGGGGAGAAAAGGGAUUGUUAGUAAUGGAGACUUAGAAUCCCAUUGCUAACAAUAUAUCCAACCAGGUCGACCUCCUCGCGGUUCCCCCUGGAAACUAUCAUGAUUAAUUCCUGAUGAAUUCAUCAUGAUGGGCUAAUUGACCUGUUUUCAUCCUCAUCGAUCACCCUUCACUGGUGCCCCGCCAGCGUAUCCCAUUAGCGCAGGUGGGGUUACCACUCCAUAUUCAUACAAUAAAAAAAAAAUUGUUGCGCAAGCUUCAUUCAUUGUCUAUGAUUUUGUUUAAAUUGUAAGUUGCAAACUUAUAAUAUGUGUUAUAGCAAUAAGUAGGAGUGUAAAUAAAUAGAUAUAAGUGCAAUAAAACGAUAUACACAA